AGGGUCAGAGUCGAGUCAUUCCCAAUUUAAUCCAGAGUCCCGGCAACCAUUGAUACCUGCAGCCUGCAGAUGUGUAAAUGCAUCUGUUAUGGCUGGUUUCAUCAGCAACAAUUAUAUGCCUCUCUGCCAUCUUCCUGGCAUAUCUGUUCUUAUCAGAAGACAUGAUCACACCUGGUUCAGUCCAGCCACUGGACCCAGAUGCCUUCUCAUCUCUGUUCUGUGAAGGAGCCACAGCAGCAGCUCGCCAGUGCAUUAUCACAAACCUCUGUUAUCUUCCAGCUGAGAGACAGUUUGUGAUGAUUGAGUCAGCCAACAGCCGCUUCAUAGGCAUACACAACUCAAGUGACCUGCAGCCUCUGCUGAAACUGAACCCGGUAGUCGAUCACAACCUGUUCGACCUGAAUCUGAUACCUGUGACGGCCAAAUGGCUGUCUGUAAGACACGCGGUUUUCCAUCGCGGCGACUUCUUCGUCUUUGAGCCGUUCAAACCGGACAACCUGAUGCACGUGUUGCAUGACGACUUGCUGCCGGCGUACCUGACGAUGUACAAGCUGUGUUACGGAGAGAUGGGUGAAUGUGUGCGCCGCUGGCGGCCGCUGCUCCGCUCUGACUCUCUGCCGUCGCCGCUAGCCCCGCUGUACGCCGCUCUGUGGGACAAUCCACCAACGCCGACCGGUGAACUGGAUCCAUCGACACCUCACUGCUUCGAACGGAGCCACCUAGGACUGCGGUCCGACUCACUCUGGUACCAGUACGGGUUCGAGCGGCCCCAGUCGCCGCUACCCACACCGUUCCUGCAUCACGAGCACCUGGACGAUUUUAGAGCUCACCUACUAUGGCGGUUGGGAGCGACGGUCGGUAGUGGAGACCCGCAGCCGUCACAGCCGGGGUACGUGCUGCUCCUCUCUCGAACCGAGUCCCGGCUCAUUCUGAACGAGGCCGCGCUGUCGGUGGCGCUGGUGGCGCGGCUCGGCCGACCGGUGCGCCGUCUGGCUCUGGAGGAGACCUCUUUGUCGGCGGCGGCGGCGCUGGCGGCCGGCGCCGACCUCCUGGUGGGGAUGCACGGCGCCGGCCUGGCGCUGGCGCUGGUGCUGCCGCCUGGCGGCGCCGUCCUGGAACUAUUCCCGUACGGUCUGCGGCCGGAGCGGUACCGUCCCUACCAGCGGCUGUGUCAGCUGCGCGGCCUGGGCUACCGCGCCUGGGUGAACACCGACCCGGCAUCCAGCGUGGUGCCCGGACCGGAGGCGACCUCAGAUCGGGGCGGGAUCGGCCACCUGGACGAUGCCGAGCGGAAGCGCGUGGAGACGCUCCAGGAGGUACCGGAGACACUGUGCUGCUCCGACCCCGCCUUCCUCUACCGCGUCUACCAGGACACUAUGGUGAACACUGCGGCCGUCUCCGCUGCCGCAGAGGCCGUCCUGGCCUCCGCUCGGCCCCGCCGCCGGAGGACACGCGGCGCACUCUUCUUCCCCGGCCCCGCGCGCCACCUGACGGCUCAGGCCGAGGGUGACUCACGGCUGAUCGAGUGGCGGCCGCCGGUGAACGCCGCGCCGGAGGCGGUGUCGUACCGUGUGUGGGUGCGGCAGGGGGAGCGGGUGGGCGAAUACAGGGUGCGCCGGCCGCGGCUGACCGUGGCCGCGGAAUGCGGGCUCUGCAGACUCCAGGUGUGGGUACGGACUGAGGUGGACGGCCGGACCGGACCGGUGGCGCAUGAGACGUUUGAACUGAACGAGCCGCCGGCGUGAUGAUUGUGAGGUGGAGUAAAGGUGUGUGGUGAUAUCGCGGAGUGUGAAGUGUGAUAGCUGAUAAGAAGUGAGAACGUUAUGCGAUUUGCUUCAAUUGUGUGUAUCGAUACCUGGCAUGUACGGUGCUACUGGCUACUUGUGAACUUGUAAAGCCUACUUGUGAACAACCAGUAGGCGGGCUACGUCCGUAGCAGACGACACGGUGCACACGCACACGCACCGUGUAUCUGCUACGGCGAUAGCCACGCCCGCUGGCUGGGGAGCUCGGACCGCCUUCCACAUUGAUGGUCCGGUGCCUCCAGAUGCACAGCGAGGCCGUUACUCGCAGUACCACGCGCGGGAACUUUUGUGAAAAUAGGUAUGGAGGAAGACUGCCGCUGGCUCCUCGACGCUGCUGUGACCGCAUGGUGUGACCAGCGGAAAGCCUCUCGGCAAUAAUAUCGUUCGUUCAGCCUCAAACUCUGUAAAGGGUGACCUGGAUGACCCUGACCGCUGCGCCUACAUUGGGGUCCGGCCGGAACGGGGUGAGAAGGGUCAUUGAUGUCACCCAACUAAACCGUAACACGGUGCCAAUCGUGUUGGGAGUCAUCCCCCCUCCUAAUUGUGUCACCCGAGGGGCUCGCUGUGUGCUGUGCUUUAUCGUCGAUAUAAGCAGACCUUGUCACCGAGCUUGGUGCAAACGUAGAGACGGCACUGAGCGGCCGCUCGGAUGCAGGGGAUGACGCCCAAGGCGCAGAGUACCGCGAGCUGCGUAUCCGCACCGACGCAUACAAGGCAGACCUUGUCCAUCUUUCCUCAGACUUCCUUCUCCGGCUCUGGGAGGAGGUGGAUUUCGCUCUACUUUGUAGAGUCAUGUGCAUUGUGUAGUGAGCCGCCCGGCUUAUGUCGUGGAUCGGAUGCUGUAAAACCGAGCAGUGACCUGAGGUAUGGUGCCGUGGAAUCCACAUCAUAUUGUUUGUUCUCACGUCGUGCAUGACAACGUUUGAGCUAUGCCAUAUGUUACGGUACAUACCUAUGUUUUCAUACAUGCUCGCGAAUCUCAUCAGUGCCUUCAAUCAUGAAUCAUGUGAGAAUGCAUGUCAAAAGGUUGCAGGCUUUUGUACCCAAACGAACAAACGGAAGUGUACCCAAUUCAUUAUUAUACUUGUUUCUUACUGCCAGUCAAAGUAAGAUUGAUG